UUAAAUAGAUUACAGAAUAUGGAUGCUGCUGAGCGGAUUAAAAAACUUGAAGAUGAAAUUUCUCGUCUCAAAGGGGAUAUUGUCAGAGUACCGAUAGAAACCAUGAGUGCUGAAGUUCGGGACAGCAAUCCGUAUAGCCGACUGAUGGCGCUUCAGAAAAUGGGAAUAGUUGAAAACUACCAGCGAAUCAGAGAUUUCACAGUAGCAAUUGUCGGAGUUGGUGGUGUGGGGAGCGUCGCCAGUGAAAUGUUGACCCGAUGUGGAAUCGGAAAAUUGAUCCUGUUUGAUUACGAUAAAGUGGAGCUGGCGAAUAUGAACAGACUCUUUUUCCAACCCCAUCAAUCGGGCCAAUCAAAAGUGGACGCAGCAGUACAAACCCUCAAGAAAAUCAACCCUGAUGUGCAAUUCGAGCAGUAUAACUUUGACAUCACAACGACAGACAACUUUCCCCUAUUUCUUAACGCAGUCAGCUCAGGAAGUUUAAGUGGAUCUGCUGUCGAUUUAGUUCUAAGUUGCGUAGACAAUUUUGAAGCCCGUAUGACAGUCAACAUGGCGUGCAAUGAGCUGGGCCAGAACUGGUUUGAAUCUGGAGUGAGUGAACAAGCGGUAUCUGGACACAUCCAGUUUAUACAACCGGGAACAUCGGCUUGCUUCGCAUGUGCUCCUCCUCUUUUGGUGGCGGAUGAUUCCCUGGACGAGAAGUCCUUGAAGAAGCCAGGAGUGUGUGCUGCUUCUCUCCCUACCACCAUGGCAGUAGUUGCUGGAUUCCUCAUCCAGAACACACUCAAAUAUCUUUUGGGUUUCGGGCAAGUGUCCGAUUACUUGGGCUACAAUGCACUUAGUGACUUCUUCCCCACAAUGUCGCUUAAGCCGAACGAGCAGUGUGACGACUGCCACUGCAGAAAGAGACAGCAGGAGGCGGCUGAGAGGAGAAGGGCGAAUGAGAGUAGUGGAGUGGAAGAGAAGAAAGAAAAGAAGGAGGAGAAAGUAGUGCAUGAUAGCAACGAUUGGGGGAUUGAGUUAGUUUCUGAGACGAGUGAAGACAUUCCAAAUGGCGACCAUAGCAACCUCCCUUCGCUAGCUGCCAAGAGCGGACUUAAGUACGCUUAUAUGUCAGCUCCAGGAACCUACGAGAACCCGUCAAGAGACCAAACACAGUCUAAUGCUGCAGCGACGACAACAAACGAGUCCUUAGACGAUCUUAUGUCUCAGCUGAAAAUGUUGUAGCAUGUGCGGGUAUUGCGGUAGUUGUUACAUAUUUUAUCCUGGGCCAAUCGAUUUGCAUUACGGAGCGUUUUAGAGUUAACAAAAUCUGGUUUCCGUUUGCUUCAUUAUGAGCGAGGCCACCGAAAUGAAUUAGCUAAAUGCAAAUCUAGUAAAUCUGUAUGCUUAAAUACAUGUUGGGGUAGGUGCUGUAAGUCUUGAGAUAAUUAGUUUUAUUGUACUAUUUCGAGCAUGUUAUGCUGUAUUUAUCUUAUUUGGUGCUGAAACAGGUGAUGCGAAUUAAGCUUCAAUAGAUGUUAAUAUUUUGGUCUAAUAAAUGUAUUAACAAUUAAAUUGAGACAAUUUAAAUAUUAAACCAAGAA